GUUGAACUUUAAAAUGUAAAAACAAAUGACUCUGAGCCUUUAUUUCGAUUGGGCUUCCUUUUGGGCAAAUUCAGUCUACAAAGUACGAACAGAUCCAGUAAACGACGAAGCGAAUGACCGCCACAUAAAAUUGGAAAGAGGAUGAAUUUCCAUAGAUUUUGAGAGUUCGUGAGAUUAUUACAGAUUGCAACCAUAUCCACAAGGACCAAUCCAGAUAUGUUCUUGAUUUUUAUUGUUUAAACUUAUAUAAAAUUUCUUUAGGAAAGGGAAAAAAAAAAAAAACACUGAGAAAAUCAUCUUUUGGCUGCAGAAAUGGCAGCUGCUAAAGUGGCCAUUUCUUCUUCUUCGUCUUCACUUUGCAUUAAAUUUGCACCAACCCAGAAGUUCUCUCCAUCUUUGCUACCUCACAUUUCAUCAUCAUCACCAAAGAGGAAGAAGAUAAAUUUUUCCAGAAUCUCUGCAAGAUUAGGGGGAGAAGAAGGAGAUGCCAAGCAAGGAGGGAAGAAGAAAUUCAUCACCAGAGAUGAAGAACCAGAACAGUAUGAUCAUCAAAAAUCAUUCACUCAUUCAUUUAUGCUGAAUUUUUUGCAUUGUGGAUUGACCCUUUUAUUUUUUUCUUUGCUGAUGUUCCUGUUUCAAAUACCAUUUCUGUAUAGCUAGAAUGCAUUAAAUUUUUAAGUUAGAUUGACAAAUUUUAAGGUCUGUGUUGAAUGUUGUAGAUAUUGGCAGACAGCAGGGGAAAGGGAAGGGGAGAAUCCAAUGAAGACACCUCUGCCAUACAUUAUCAUAUUUGGUAUGUCAACUCCCUUUGUGAUCUUAGCCAUUGCUUUUGCGAAUGGUUGGAUUAAGGUCCCUGUUCGAUGAUUUUGUUCCUGGUUGGAACCAAUUUAAUACGGCAAAAAACAAAAGGGCGAUUGGAUCAAUUGAGCCAUUUAAUAGUUUGCUCAUACACUUUGUUUGAGCUUCCUCAUUUUGAUUAGUUGAGCUCUUAUAUAUGUAUAAGCAUACAUUUAUUUUCGUCUUGUUCUAUACAAUUUCCACUGACAAGUUUUUGCAUCGUGUACUUUUUAUAUUGUGAAAUGUAAGCAUUGCCAUGUUUUUUUUUAUGCACAUUCGUCACUGGUUGGAGAUGAAAAAUCCUCUGUAGCCACUUCCGUUGCUUAAGGCACUUCUUUUUUGCAUAUUGGUAUGCUUUUCUUUUUCUUUUUCUUUUUUAUCGUUUUGGGACGGAGAGAGUAUGCGGCACCAUUCAUCUAUUCAAGCAGCCCUUCAUGGACUUGAAAAUUUCAAUAUAACCUUUGAAGAAAUGGUAUAUUCAUUACUGAAAGACAAGUCCUGACAGCUUAUACUACUAAUUUUCGAUAGUCUGCGAAGACCUUUCCAUCUCCAGCACUUAAGUCUUUAGGCGGAACUCGAAAGCAAUAGCCUGUUAAACAAUCAUGCUAUUUUGUGCCUCAAUCAAAGUGGAAAUAACCAAUUUCGCAUUGAAUAUUGCCUAAACUCUACGAUUAUCAGAUUAUGUCUGAAUUGUGAUUUGUGAAUCUUCUUCUUAGUUUGUCACAUGUCAGAUUGAAGUAUCAA